UUGUUUUGUCAAGGUAAAACAAUCUUAUGAUAGACGCCUGAUACCACAAUCUGAUAACGGAUCAGACGCGACGUGACAUCACGGGAAUCAAUCCAGCCGAUCAUUUUUUUCCGCGACAAUCAAUACUUAGAUUUCUUCGCAGCAUUCGUCCAUCCACAACACAAAAACAAAAAGAAAACAAAGCAGAAGAAACGAAAAAAGAAAAAAGAGAAUUAGAGAAGAGAGAAAGAUAACCACAAUGUCCAAGCGAAAACCCUCCGAAGCACCAGAAGCAGCAGCAACAGCACCCAAAACCACACACCUCACGUCGCGCAAUUCCCCAUGGACAUAUCUCAAGCUCCAAUUAACCCACCAACCCAACACCUCCAACACCACAAAAACCCAACCCCUCGACCCUCUAACCGCCCGAACGCACCUCACCUCCGCGCUCUCCCAAUUCCUCGGCCUAACAGGCACGGCUAUCCCGCUCGAUAUUCUCAAGAUUACAACGCCGGGGUUGGAUACAGCUAGUGAUAGUGGCAGCACCAACCAGGAGAAGAUCGUGUGGGUGCGUGUUCCACGCGCAGACGCGACUGCUGUGGUUGACGCGCUGAGUUCGUGGAUUGGUGGUGGCAGUGGUGGAGGGGGAGGGGAGGAUGGUGAUGAUGCGGUUGGGGCGGUUGCGUGGAGGGAGAUGGGUAAUGAGAUAUGA